GUGAGGAUGCUGGUCAUUCUUUUCUUUAUGCUUCUGCACCUUUCCCUUCAAGCGAAUGCCUUCAUCUGCCCAGAAGCCUGCAGAUGUAUUUUCCGAGAUGCUAUCCAAUGUUCUGAUAUUAGAAUUCAAGAUAUUGCAGUGUUGGACCUGCCUAAAAAUAUGACCCAGAUCCUCAUAUCAGGAAUGAGUUUAAGUAAUCUGAAGGCUAGUAGUUUUAAGGGAAUGACCAUCUUGCAGCGCCUUAUUCUGACAGGAAAUCACAUUUCUACAAUUGAUUCUGGCACAUUCAAUGAUGUGGUGAAACUGAAAACACUGAGACUCUCUCACAAUAAAAUAGCCAGGCUCCCAAAUGGAUUGUUUGACGAACUGAUGCUCCUUGAACACUUAUUUCUAGACAGGAAUAGUCUAACGAACAUUAGCCAAAACAUGUUCGAUAACUUAGUGAAUUUGCAGGAGCUCUGUUUGAAUAAAAAUCAACUAAGAUGGUUUCAGAGUGGGCUCUUCAGAAAUCUUGUGGAGCUGGAAAUUUUGGAUUUAUCCAGAAAUAAUUUGGCGAACUUGCCUAAAACCAUAUUUCACACCCAAACUAAACUCAAAAAGCUAGCACUCUAUUCAAACAGACUCACAUAUUUAGAGUCUGGAUUAUUUGGUAAUCUAAGGGCGCUGGUUGAGCUCCAGUUGCACGGAAAUAAUAUCUACUCUAUUGCACCGGGUGCGUUUGACAGCCUUCAAAAGCUGCAGAGUUUGACUCUCUCUGGAAACAACAUACGGUCGCUGCCUCGUGGACUCUUCCUUUACUUGCACAAUUUGACCGAAUUGACACUAUCUGAAAAUCCACUGAGAGAGCUCCCAGAUGUGUUAUUUGGAGAAAUGGUGAAUCUAAGAGAAAUGUGGUUGAAUCAUACCCAGCUCUGCUCUGUACCAGAUUUCAUUUUCAGCAACAUGACCCAUUUAGAGAUAUUAGGAUUGACUGUGAACCCUAAUUUGAGUGUUCUCCCAAAGAAUGCAUUUAAUGGCCUAAAUGAGCUCUUGGUACUUUCUCUGCACUCAAACAAUCUCUCCACUCUACAUGAAGAUAGUUUAAGAAGUCUUCUGAAGCUCCGAGAAAUUUCUCUCCGGCACAACAAGCUCGAAACCCUUCCAAGUUCCCUUUUCUUAAAUCUCAUUGGCCUGGAGGUGGUUUACCUUAACAGCAAUCAGUUGAAGAACCUUCCUGGAGUUUUCUCAAGUUCUUUACUAAAACUUAAAGAGAUCGUUCUCGAUGACAAUCCAUGGAAAUGUGACUGUAACAUUACCGAGUUCAAAAGAUGGCUCCAAAAGAACCCAGAAGUUGUAAAGAAUCCCACAUCUCUACGUUGCAGCAGUCCCGAGGAAUUAAAAGAUGCAUCUCUCUUGUCUUUAUCUGAUGAUCAGAUCAACUGCCAGAUUUCUCCUGGAGAUUUUUCAGAAGUCCAAGUGUUUUCAAAGUUACCCUCCACCAACUCUGAUACACGGAUUACAAAUGAACUAACCAGGCUGCAGAUUUCAAGUUCACCUUUUUCAUCCUCAGAAAUGAAAGAGGACACUGAAUGGUCUUGGUUUACUUCCAUGGAAAAUUCAGAAAACUACCCAAAUAUGGAAAACCUGUCAAGAAUGAUUCCUAAAAAUGGACUUGGGGCCAGUAAAUUAGAAGUUCCAAAGGAGGAGUGGUUAUUUCUUAAUUUGAAGAUUCCAUAUAGUAAAGUGCUUUUUCUUCUUUAUUUAUUGUUUUUGGUCAUGCAGGUUGUUCUCAUUGUUAUCGUUUCGUUUAUUGCCUCGAAAAUACAGCAGCUUUUUCCAAACCUUAUUCAUCCAGUUGUUCUGACAAGAAUUUUGCCUCAUGAUACUGAAAAGAAACCUGGCUCCCGCAUAAUCUGAAAGUGUUGAUUUCUAUUUUUUUAGACAUUCGGGUAAGUAUAAUUAGCAAAAUAUGGUGGAGAUGGAUAACCGUGAAAAUGAUGUGUAUGUGUGUGAGAUAGAACUUCAUGGAACGUCAUACGUUUUCCCCAAAUCUACUUUUACGUUAUUUAUCAAUCAAUCAGUUCAUCUGAGUUUAGCCACAGUUUAGACCUCGUAUGGGGAUUUUAAGUUUCAUUUUUUAAUGUAGCAUGUGCGCUCAAUUCUGCACUCUGUGUGAAUCCCUCCAAAUAGAUCAGACACUAUCAAGUUUAAGCUUUGUUAACUUUUGCUUAAGUUGUUUAGAUGACAGCUCACAAUGUUGCAUCUCUUCAGCUUCAUGAGACGGCACAAUCCAGUCACCUGCUUUCACGCAAAGCUAAAAAAAUCCAUCAUCCAUUUUUCCUUCCUGUCUAUUUUAUCCACCUUCUAGGUUUAUUUCAUCAAUUUACUGAUAUGGGGAGUUCUAUCUAUGUUUGUAGCCCUAGUUGUCAUUCACAAGAAAUUGUGCCUUCCAUGAUCCUCCCACAGGCAAUAAACUAUGUUAUUUUGCUUAAGAGACUUUGUGGGUUAUUGGUUUGUCAAUUGUUUAAUCCAACUGUCCUCUAUUAAAGCUAAUUCCUUUUGCUAUUGCUUAUUAUUAUGUAU